GCCGCAGAUAAAGAUUAGAUAGAUAGGUUCUUGUUUUCUCUUGACCACAGAGGUUGUAGAGAUAACCCAAUGUCGGGAGCUUGUAUUGCUUCGUCUUCAUCUUGCUGGGGCCUCACUGGAAAGUUCAAGAAUCUCACUGUUAAUUCCACUCCUUCAAACGCUUCUUUCCCGAGCUUCUCAGCCAACACUUCUCACAACCUCUUCUCAAAAGGUGCCGUUAAGUUGAUGCCCUUGCAAAGACCAAUUCGUCGGUCGAUUGUGUGCGAAGCUGAGUCGAAGCAGAAGACAGAUUCGGCAUCUAAAAGGGCGCGGCAAGCUGAGAAAAGGCGCAUUUACAACAGAGCGCACAAAUCAGAAAUCAAAACUCGAAUGAAGAAGGUGUUGGAAGCUUUGGAUGUACUAAGGAAGAAGGAAGAUGCACAGCCAGACGAAGUAGUUAGUGUGGAGAAAUUGAUUGGAGAUGCAUAUUCUGUAAUUGACAAAGCAGUGAAGGUGGGAACCCUCCACAGGAACACAGGUGCAAGGAGGAAGUCUCGGCUUGCAAGGCGAAAGAAAGCCGUUGAGAUUCAUCAUGGUUGGUAUGUCCCUGCCAUACCAGAUUCAGUUGUAGCCUCAUGACUGUAGGAAGAAAUAUACCAGCCUUGUUUUAUUUAUUCCUUUAACCACCUGAAAAUAAACAUUGUAUUUUUCCAUGGAAUCUUGUAGUCUAUAUAUCUGCUUUUAUUUUGUAUCUUUCGUGAAUUCCGGGUUGAGUGCAAGAUCCACUUGAUAAGCGAAUGCAUACUUCAUUGGUGAUUCUAUCCUUGAACCAAAAGUUGGCUAAACAGUUGCAACCUCAGCGAACUCUGCAUUUGGUUAUAGGUUGUAUGUUUGAUCUGUUCCGUGAGGGUCUUUGAACAACUUCAUCUGUGAGAUUUCAUAUCCCUAGGAGCCUAGCUCAUAGAACAAGAGACAAUGAGGCAAUCGAUCAUGCACAAUGAAAAUAAUUUCAGUAUUACUUGUAGGAAAUUUUACUAUUAUCAUACAUUUAUUGCCCUUAUCAGCUAUGUAGCAUGGAAACUCUCGGG